AUGAGAGGUGUCGCUGAUAAAAAUUUGGGCUGUCACAAGACCAGUCAGGACGAAGAGAAGUCGGGCAGCGGAAGGGACAGGAGAGGACGGGCGACUGCGCGGGAGGACAAAGGACAGGAGACGGCCGGACAGGAAUUGGACUCUGGACCGGUCGACCACACCCCCAACUUUAACAUUGACAAGGGUUUGCUCGUCGGAGGGUGUGUCCACGAGGCUGUUGACAGAGGGAUGGGAAAAGCCACCCCAACGUUACCGAAAGUCGACUUUGACGGGGCCAACAGAGACGCGACAGGCGACCCGAUGCACCCCAAAAUGCCACCCACCUUGCUCGCUGCGUCCGUCUGGUGCGUCGCGGUACCGCUGUCGAAAACGUGGAAUGCGGUAGAGUGA